GAACAAGCUGUUGUGUCCUCCGUGAAUGGUGCUAUAGCUGAAAGCUCCGCGACAGAUUCUGCCGUUGAAACUGCUACUGAAGAAGGUUCAUCCUCACAAGCAGCACCUACAGAAGCGGAGCAUGAAGCUGAGGCCGUUGCAUCCUCGUCUUCAAAUGACGGGAUGGAUAUUGAUAAUCGUACCUUCACGGUGACGAAUCUCAAGCAUCCUGGAGCAUGGAGGACGCAUCCGGAAAUCAUCAAUAUGCUUGCACGAUGUGAAUCCUUUAGCAUCAGAUUCGAACGAGCAACAAAGCAGAAGGGACCAAAACCUGGCCAUAUAUCUUUCACAUUUGAGUCCAUUAGCUCCGCAAGAGAAGCAUUUACACAAGCUCAGAAAAUGCGAGUAGAUGGUCAUGCGGUGAAAGUUGAAGCAUGUCCAGCGUUUUUCGCCCCAGCAGCUUGCAAAUCGAGACCGUUUUUCAAACCCCCUGUCGAUGAAGAAGUUCGAAAAAGGACAAUAUACGCUUUGGACUUGCCGACUACAGCUGAGCAGAAUUUGUUAAAUAGUAUAUUUGAAUCUGAUCACAUCGAACGGAUAACGUUUUUACCACUGCGGAGUGAACACAAGCAAGCGGAGGUUAUCAUGCACACUGAAGAGCAGGCGGAUGCAGCUCGGUCAGAAGAUGGCUUUGAGCUUGACGAUGGCAAACAGCAAAGCGUCCUAAGAAUACUUACCCCUGUUGACUAUGCUGCCUUUGUUGCUGAGGAGCAGAAACCGGUGCCAUUCGUACCUCCAAAAGUAGAAGAAGUGCCAACGCCAUCCUCAACUGCUCCAUCUGUAUCUCGCUCUCCCUCAGCAAAACCUCCGGAUGAAGUAAAAUUGGCCCCUGUUUUGGAUGAAGAUGAUGUUACAGAUAUGUUUAUAAAGUACGUGACUGAACAAAGAGUGAAUUGGGCCGAAGUCACGGACGUUAUGGAAUUGUAUACGAUGUGCGAUGCAGUGUCAGCACAAAUUGGUGGAUUGCCAGAUAGUGUGCUGCGGCCAGCGAUGCUACAUACGCUGCAACGGCAUCUUACGGAAGCUCAGUCGGCUUGGAUGAGGGAGCAUUUGCAAGAUUUGAUAAAAUGGUGGAAGCAAGAAGUCAAGAAUGAUGCUUUUGUCGAUCGGCCGACAUUGGUUCAAAUGAAAGCAGCUGAGUAUGUACCGAUAGCACCGAGCAAGAGGAAAUAUCGCGGUAAAAACUCUGCCGAGUCGCGAGCCGGUCGUGUAAUGAUGGGUGUUGGUGCGUUUUUGGAGGCUCAGCGAAGCAAGAUGGUUACGGAAGAAGGCGAGUUGGAAGUAGAGGAGGAUGACGAAGGCAACAUUUUGUUGGGAGGCGAAGCGCUCAGUUUUGAGUCAUGGGCCAAAUUGACCAAAACGAACCAGCCUGAUAUAGUUCAUGCCAAUAUGGGCGAAGAUGGGCCACCAGCUAAGAAGCCUCGUGAAAUUCAUGACUUCAAGAAAUUCAAGCAAAGUCAGAAGGAAUGGAGGGAAAAGAAGAUGGCAGCAAAGAAAAUGCGUAUAAUGAAGGAGGCUCGCGAGGGUGUAGAAGCGCUUGACAAAGCGAAAGCAGGGGAAGCGCAAACACCCAAAGACGUUGAGAAUGGAAAAGAUAAAAAGGAUGGUGCUACUCCUGAAAAAAUUUCGAAGCCACCAAAAGAGUUAGACGAAGGUGAGAUUGACUCAGAAGAAGAGCGAAAGGAAGAAAAAGAGAAGAGACGGCGGCGGAAAGCGUCUAGCUCAUCGAACUCCUCCAGCAGCUCAUCAAGUAGCGAAAGUGAAGACGACGGCGAUGCGCGAAAACGCCGAAGAAAUCGUAGGAAGACUGAAAGGCUGAAGGGUCCUCAAGUACCUCCACUGUUCCAACGGAUGUUCAACCAUCGUCAUGUGAUUAUUAAUGCGCUAUCGGCUGAGCACAAAACUGCAUUUGCAUCAGUCUUACAUCAGGUAGGUCAUCAUUGCCAUAAAUCAACAUUCUAUUUGCGGCUGCGCGUAGUCGCUGUUUUGAAGCUAGCUAUGAUUUGA